CUCUACCACUGGCAGAAAAUAACUGAAUGAAACGUGCGUCUCUGCUGAGUCAUGCGUUGUUCCUCACAAUUAUGAUAUCAGUAGUGUGUGGACUGUUCUCUUUGACCCUCCACGCUCUCACAGGGUGAUGCUUCACGCAUGUCAGCGCCUUUAUCUGCGUCAGGAGCCUUCCAGCGGGAGCGGAACCGAGCAGGAGCGGUACCGGCUGGACGAACUGCCCUACUUUCCGUCAUACAAUGAUCGCUGCGGCGUUUUUAGUCCUGCUGAGGCCCUACAGCAUCCAGUGUGUGUUGCUGCUGCUACUGCUUUUGAUCGGUACUGUUGCGACAAUCCUGUUUUUCUGCUGCUGGCAUCGCAGGCUUCGUAAUGGGAAGCAUCCAAUAAAAUCGGUUUUCUCCGGCGGACGCUCCAGAAGCCGCGUUGGUCUUCGAACGCAUCACUUUCGAUCAGAGGGCUUCAGGCACAGCCCGCGUCACUUAAGAAGGAGCAUACAUGCUCGGCUGACGGAGGAGAAACCCAGCCUGGUGGACGUUCCAGAGAGCGAACCUGAAUUACCGUCAACCGUGAGAAAACGGAAGGUGAAGAAACGAGUCCUGCCAGAGUUUUACCAGACUGUGCAGGUCACUCCUACACGUAAAGCAAGCUCCAGUUCGGGGAACCCUUCCCUGCACUGCUCCAUGUCUUCCUCGGCGGACAUCUCCGAUGAGGAUGAUUACAGUGUUAAAUCCGGAUCGGCGUCCCCAGCUCCCGGGGACACGUUACCCUGGAACCUGCCGAGACACGAGCGGUCCAAGAGGAAGAUCCAGGGAGGAUCCGUGUUGGAUCCGGCGGAGAGAGCUGUGCUCAGGAUCGCAGAUGAAAGAGACAGAGUGCAGAAAAAGACGUUUACAAAAUGGAUAAACCAGCAUCUGCUCAAGGUGCGCAAACACAUAAACGACUUGUACGAAGACUUGCGAGAUGGACACAACCUGAUCUCCCUGUUGGAGGUUUUGUCUGGAGACACACUGCCAAGGGAGCGUGAUUUUCUGAAGACCUUGCGGUUGGUGAGUGGGACAGAAGCAUGUACAGUUGAGCAGCAUGGAGACUCGGUGGAUGAUGAUAAGGGGCCUCGGGAGAGAGGAAGGAUGCGCUUCCACAGACUCCAGAAUGUACAGAUAGCCCUGGAUUAUUUAAAGAGGCGACAGGUCAAACUUGUAAAUAUCAGGAAUGAUGACAUCACAGACGGCAACCCAAAACUGACGUUGGGGUUGAUUUGGACCAUAAUUUUGCACUUUCAGAUCUCUGAGAUCCAUGUCACAGGAGAGUCAGAGGACAUGACAGCCAAGGAGAGACUACUUCUGUGGUCCAAACAGAUAACAGAUGGCUAUGUAGGUGUACGAUGUGAAAACUUCACAACAUCCUGGAGGGACGGGAGGCUGUUUAAUGCUAUCAUUCACAAAUACAGACCAGAUCUGGUUGAUAUGAGGCGUGUGUCGGCGCAGACCAACCGCUCAAAUCUGGAGCAAGCCUUUAAUGUAGCUGAACAGCUGGGGGUGGCCCGGCUGCUCGACCCUGAGGAUGUUGAUGUACAGUCACCUGAUGAGAAAUCAGUGAUCACAUAUGUCUCAACACUGUAUGACGCCUUCCCCAAAGUACCUGACGGGGUGGAUGGAAUAAAUCCUAAUGAUGUUGAUAUCAAAUGGGUGGAGUACCAGAACAUGAUCAAAUACCUCAGCCAGUGGAUCAAACACAAUGUGGCCAUAAUGUUGGACAGAUCUUUCCCCAACAACCCCGUGGAACUCAAGGCACUUUAUACUCAGUAUCAGCAGUUUAAAGAACGCGAAAUCCCACCCAAGGAAAACGAGAAAACAAAAAUUAAAAAUCUCUACAAAAUGCUCGAGAUGUGGAUUGAGUUUGGACGUAUUCAGCUACCCCCGGGUCAUCAUCCGAACGAUGUGGAGAAGGAAUGGGGUAAAUUAAUUGUGUCAAUGCUGGAAAGAGAGAAGAGCUUGCGGCCAGAAGUGGAAAGGCUUGAGAUGUUGCAGCAGAUAGCCAACCGAGUCCAGCGGGACUGUGUGAACGGUGAAGACAAGCUGGCUUUGGCGAGAACGGCCCUCCAGUCGGAUACAAAACGUCUGGAGUCUGGGAUUCAGUUCAUGAACGAGGCUGAGAUUGCAGGCUAUCUGUUGGAGUGUGAGAGCAUCCUCAGGCAACAAGUCGUGGACAUCCAAGUUCUGCUGGAUGGGAAGUUCCCGUUUGCAGAUCAACUUAUUCAAAGGGUGUCUAAGCUUAGAGAUGACCUUCUGGCCCUUCGAGCCGAGUGCUCGUCAGUCUACAGCAAAGGUCGCACCCUGACCACGGAGCAGACCAAAAUGAUGAUCUCAGGCAUCACACAGAGCCUGAACGCGGGCUUCCCUCAGAACAUCAACUCAAGCCUGACACCAGGCAUUAAUCCUACACUCACCUCAGGGGGGCUGGGCACACCUGGGUCCACAUUCACCUCUAGCCUUACACCGUGCCUGACACCAUCCUUGACCCCAUCCAUCACCACAGCCCUGACUCCCAGUCUGCAGCCUGCUUCAGUCCAAAGCUACAUGGGAAACGGCAGCAGCAUGGAACCGGGUCGCCUCAUGCAUCUGAAGCACAUGCAGAUCCGAAAACCGUUGCAGAAGUCUUUGCUGGCUGACCCCAGCAUGACAGAGGAGGAGGUUAACAUGAAAUAUGUGCAGGAUCUCCUGAACUGGGUGGAGGAGAUGCAGCUGCAGCUGGAGCGCUCCGAGUGGGGCACGGACCUACCGAGCGUGGAGAUGCAUUUAGACAACCACAAGGGUGUGCACAGAGCAAUCGAAGAAUUCCAGAUGAGUCUUAAAGAAGCCAAACUGAGUGAGAUUCAGAUGACCCUACCCCUUAAGCUGACCUAUUCUGACAAAGUGAACAAACUAGAACGGCAUUAUGAGUGUCUGUUGAGCGGUUCGAGGGAGCGGCAAAGCCACCUAGAACACCUUCAUGACUUUGUGUCGCAGGCAACUCAGGAGCUCAUCUGGCUGAACGAAAAGGAGGAGGAGGAGGUUGCCUUCGACUGGAGCGACCGCAACUGCAGCAUCUCCAAGAAAAGAGACUAUCAUGCAGACCUGAUGAGGGAGCUGGAUGAAAAGGAAGAAGCCAUCAAGUUGGUGCAGGACAAGGCGGAGCGUCUCAUGCUCAAGAACCACCCAGCUAGAAUAACUAUUGAAGCGUACAAAGCUGCAAUGCAGACACAGUGGAGCUGGAUUUUGCAGCUCUGCUCAUGUGUGGAACAACAUCUCAAGGAGAAUGCCAUCUAUUUUGAGUUUUUCAGUGAUGCCAAAGGGUCCAUGGACUACCUAAAGAGCCUUCAAGAGUCGAUUCAAAGAAAGUACAGCUGCGAUCGAUCCAGCAGCCUUCACAGACUGGAAGAUCUCAUUCAGGAGUCCAUGGAUGAAAAAGAGCAGCUCCUUCAGUACCGCAGCACUGUAGCAGGGUUAGUAGGCAGAGCCAGAAACAUUGUGCAGCUGAAACCCAGAAACCCUGAAUCUCUUCUGAGGUCCUCCAUUCCUGUUAAAGCAAUCUGUGAUUAUCGUCAGAUUGAGAUUACCAUUUAUAAGGAUGAUGAGUGUGUGCUGGCCAACAACUCUCACCGAGCCAAGUGGAAAGUCAUAAACCCAGCAGGGAACGAGGCCAUGGUGCCCUCCGUUUGCUUCACUGUGCCCCCGCCCAACAAAGACGCCGUUGACACGGCUUCUAGAACGGAGCAGUUGUACCAGAAUGUCCUGGCGCUGUGGCACCGCGCCCACGUCAACAUGAAGAGCGUGGCGUCAUGGCAUUAUCUCAUGACUGACAUCCGCGCCAUCCGCAACUGGAACACGGCCUCGAUAAAGACCAUGUUGCCAGGGGAGCACCAGCAGGUCUUGAGCAACCUGCAGUCGCACUUUGAUGAGUUUCUGGAGGACAGCAAAGAGUCUGAGCUGUUCACAGUGGCGGAUUGUUCGCAGCUAGAGAGAGAUGUGGUGGCCUGCAAGGAGUACUACCAGGAGUUACUCAGAUCUGCCGAGAGAGAAGAACACGAAGAGUCCGUGUACAACCACUACAUCUCAGAAAUACGUAACUUCCGAAUGCAGCUGGAGGCCCACGAGGAACACCUGAUCAGGAAGAUCCACACGCCACUGGAAAGAGAUGACCUGGAUCAGAGUCUGCAGUGCAUCUCGGAGCACGAGAAGAAAACAGGCGAAUUGGAGAGGCUGAAGGAAGACCUGGCCGUCCUGAAGGAGAAGUGUGAGCUGUUCCUCAGGCAGGCUGCAGGUUCUCCGUCUGUGUCGACGCUCUCCUCCGAACUUUCGGUCCUCCUUCAGAGCAUGACCCAGGUGUACUCCAUGUCCUCUAUUUACAUGGACAAGCUAAAAACGGUGAGCCUGGUGGUGAAGCACAGUCAGAGCGCGGAGGCUCUUGUUAAAGCCUACGAGUCCAAACUGUACGAAGAAGAAGCCACAAACUCUAACGUCAGAUCCAUCGAAAGCGUCAUUUCUACACUGAAGCAAUGGCGGUCGGAGAUAGAUGAAAAACAGGAAGUGUUCCACGACAUGGAGGAUGAGCUGCAGAAAGCUGGUGUCAUCAGCGACCGCAUGUUCAAGGCCCACAAUGAGCGAGACUUUGAUCUGGACUGGCACAAGGAGAAGGCGGAUCAGCUGAGUGAGCGAUGGCAGAACAUUCACUCACAGAUUGACAGCAGGUUACGGGACUUGGAUGGUAUCGGCAAAUCUCUGAAACACUACAGAGACUGCUACAGCAGUCUGGAUGAGUGGAUCAAAGGACUGGAAGCAGAGCAGCUCAAGGCACAAGAAAACAAGCCUGAUGACAGCAAAGCGCUCGCUGAGCUGUUAAACAAACAAAAGGUUCUUGUUGCUGAAAUAGAACAAAAGCAGAGCAGGAUUGAUGAGUGUCAGAAGUAUUCAGAGCAGUACUCAUCCACCAUCAAGGAUUAUGAACUUCAACUGAUGAUGUUCAGAGCGAUGGUCGACUCCCAACACAAAUCCCCCCUAAAGAAACGGAGGAUUCAGAGCUCUUCUGACGCCAUUCAACAAGAGUUUAUAGACCUCCGAACACGCUACACCACUCUCGUGACUCUGAUGACCCAGUAUGUGAAGUUUGCCAGUGAAACGCUGAAGAGGACUGAAGACGAGGAGAGAUCUGUUGAUGAGGAGAAGCGAGAGCAUGGCGAUAAAGUUAGCAAACUGUUGCACUGGAUGUCCGAUGCUAAACGGACCAUGAGCAAUGAUGGGCAUGCUCUGAAAGAUAGUAAUGCCAACACAGAUGCUUCAAAUAAACAGCAGGUGUUGGCUGAGGAGAUGGUUUCUAAAAAGGAACAGAUUGCAGAAGCGCUCAUGGCUACUCAGAUGAUUCUGAACAAACACGGAGACAAGAUGACAGAAGAGGACAGAGAACAGACCCAGGAGCAGCUGAAGGCUCUAAGCCAGGCUUACAGUGACCUCUCUCAGCAGUGUUCAGAUCAGACAACCACUGCAGAUGAGGUUUCUGAAAUUGCUGACACGACUGGGGGCGGGCUCUACGGUUCUCCAGAAACCCUCAUGAGCUCCGACCAGCUUAACUCCGAUGACAGUUUCAGAGACAAUCACACCCACACACACACAAUGACCCCCAUCCCAGAUCACGAACCAGUCAAAUGCCCCCACAUCUCCUCUGUGUCCCUGUCUGAUAUAGCAGCAGCACUGGAUGACUCCUCUUGUGAGGAUCUGAUCAUGAAGAUCAUAGAAAUGAACCCAGUCGGUGGAGGAGUAGACGUGUGCUACACAGGGGAUGUGUUGAACCUGGAGAAUGCCUUUCACCUUGCUUUGAUUCCUGCUUCUGUCUAUGUAAGGAUUUUGCGGAGAGGAAGUUCCUGUCAGGAUUUGAUGCAGCUGAGCACGGCUGAAAGUUUGACACAUUUUGAGCAGGAAGAGAUGAAAACGAGUGAUGUUAAAAGGACGGUAUUGAAUUGUCUCUGUGGAGAUAAAUCAGUGAAACUAGAGAGGGAUAUGAACUCACUGAGGUCUGUGUGUGAUGAUUUAGAUGACCAGUCACUAGUGAGGAAAGGGAGGGACGAUGAGCUGAGGGUGGAUGCUUCUGUUCAGUGUGACCUGAUGAGCUCCAGCAGCACACUCGUUGUUUUGGGACAUCAGCGCCGGUUUAUGGGACUCGUGUUGCCUCAUUCUGGGGAAAUCGGUCCCACCACCAGUGAGUUCUCCAGCAAACUUAUCAAGAAUCAAAGGAAAAUAGCAGCUUUUUACAUUCCAGAGAGUUCAGAGGUCAUGGAUAUCACAUCUGCUGUUGGGAAGGGUUUGAUUGAUUUCGACACAGCAGAGUUUUUGAAAUCCUUAGAAAUUCCUGAUGUGCUUCCUGAUGUCAGUCACCUCAACAAAAGGUUUUCUAAUUGGUUCAUGUGGAAAAAACUCAAUGUGGAGGGAAGGCAUCAUCCUGCAGGUUUAAACCUCCCUUCUCCAGCAGAGGCGGAGCAGUUUUUCAUCUCAUACCUGAUGAUUAACAGCUACAUCGAUCUCAGAUCAGGCCAGAGGCAUUUGAUACUUGACCGCCAGCUAAACGAGAUGGUUCAAGUUUUUCUUAAUGACUCGGCAUUUUCUCAAAAUGUCUCCCACUUCGCUUUUAAAACCAGCCGUCUGCCAGCACAGGUGGAUGUUGAGGCACCGUUGCUCAUAAAUGAGGAAACUGACGGGGCAUUAAGAAACACGGAUUCUGAUUUUUAUUAUUUUAUUUCCAAGAGGAUUACUCAGGAGGCAGACACAAUUCGGGCGUUCGAGCCUUCAGACGGUGGAGAGACUAUUCUUAAUAAACAUCAUGUGAUGAGUGACAAGGCUCUGGAACUAGAUCCUGUCAAGGAACUCUCUGUAAGUGAUGACAUUGAUCCGGGCACAUCAGAACCAGUUCCAAACAACAGGAAAUGGACUGAAAUAGAGCAAAACAGCAGAAAUAAUUUAGAAUUGGACGUUGGAGAAGAUUAUGAUGUUCUGGUUUCCAUCUCAUCACCCCAGAUCAUUAAAGACAAAGCUACGAUGGGCUCUACUCAUCAGGCUCAACCACAAUCAGAUGGUGACAUUUUUAAUCAUCCUCAGGAUUUAUCCUCUUUUACUUUAACAGAGGGUGAAAUAGAAGGGGAGGAUAUUGAGGUCAUGCAAGCGCACGCAGAGGACGAUGUAGACGUUUCCUCUGGGUCAUCUGAAACAGACUUAAGUGAGCAGAAAGUUUCAGGGCUGGAUGGGUCGGGCAAAAGAACGAGUGUCUUAGGAGAUGAGGAACAUCAGAGCUUUCUGAGUCCCGAUUUAGAUUUGGGUUUCAGUGAACCUUUGCAGUUUGAUUUAGUUGCAGUGGAACCAUUUGACCCAAAUUCCAGAUCUACAUUUUAUCCAGAAGAAAGGUACGAUCAUGUUUUAAAUCACAUAAAGGAACAAAACACACGGCAGCCAAAGGAGGCGUCUGCGGCGCUCGGUUUACCCAAUGAGGAGAAUAAUAGAGAGACAAGGAGUUCAGAGAAGCAUGAAAAUCUAAAAAAGAUUAGUGAUCAUGCACUUCCUGCUGAUGUUGGUCUCCAGCCAUCAGUGAUGUCAGCUUCCUGUUGGAGUCUAAUUACUGCAGACUGUGAUUCUCUCAAAGAGAAACAGCCUUUCCCAGCAGGCAGUGACUCACUGGUCAUAACUGAUGAGCAGCAGAUGGGUGGAGCUAAUGUGACGGAGAAAAGUGCUCCAACAAUGGAGUCAGAUUCAUCUCUUCUGAGAGGCAGAACCUUCAGUACCGACUCAGAACAGCAGACUCAGCUUUUUGCUUCGAACAGCCAGUUUGGUGCUGGAUUUAAUUCCCAAGAGGGAAAUCACGCAGCUGCUGAGAGUGAAUUAGGCAAAUCCACGUUGCACAACGAUCCGUGUGUGGAAAGGGAGAGUGAUGAUGCUCACUCAGCUUUGGAAAGUGAGCAGAGUCGGAGUUACUCAUCGGACAGGAGUUUGGUUGGAAAUGAAGUCACGUCUAAUGGUACUGAUGGCAUCGGACGUGCAUCAAAGCAGCACUCUGGGAUUAGUUCAGAAUGUGUAGAGAACUGUCAGAUUAAACCUUCGUGUGGAAAUCCAGCACAACAUCCUGACUCCUCCCCUUGUUUAUCUGCGGUUUCUGUUGACACGAGUUUAACUAAUACAGUCAGCCACAGCAGCAGUGACCGUAAAGAUUCAGCUCUGGUUAAUAAAGACUUGAGAGAACUAAACCUCACUGGUGAAAAUGAUGAGUCAUGCGAGGAGAGGGUGGAUGGUCAGAUGGAUACGAGAGGCAGUGAACAGAUUUCUGAAUCAAAAGAGGAGAGUUACAAUGUUGAUGGUGAUCUACCCUCAGCAUCAUCGUAUGCUGGCUUGGGACAGCCUGAUGGUAAAACAGAAGAUUUAGGAUGUCACAUUCAAUCAGAGGAAGUUUCUGCCGUUUGCUUCUCAACUCAGUUUGAGAUGGGUGUAAAAAUGGCAGCUGAGGAUGAAAUUAACACAGGAAAUGUGGAUUUUAUGGAUUUUCAAAUGCCACAAGCUCAAGAGGAUGACUUUAUUAAUUCAGAGCUUGCUGAAAAAGGUCUUUUUCACCCAAGUGACACAUCUCAUGAACCCACUGAUACGCAAAAGCAUGCAGCAUCCACUUCAAACAGCAAUAACGAAUCAGAACUCGCAUCUCAGGAUGGCAGUUACCAUGACGACGCAGAACAAUGUGAUGCACCAGAUAUCCAGCUACAACUCCUGCAGCUUUUUAAGGCCGUUUCCACCAGCCACGACUUUUCAGUGCUGCAGGAAAUGGUGGACAAUCUGAGCUGUGCGCUGGGGGGUGACUCGCAGGAGAACCAGCGCCACACACUGGAGAGCAUCAAGGAGGAGAGCUCUGAGGAGGAAGACACCGCUGAUAAAACUCCCCAAUCGUCGGCUCAGGAGUCUGAAAAAUCAGACAUCCUCAAAGCUGAAAAGCUCUUCUCCAUCCAUGAUUACUUGGCAUGUGUUGCAAGGCUGCAAGAUCACGCAGAUGUUUUAGAAGACGUUAAAAAGGACCUUUUAAAGUCGACGCCUACAGGUGACAACAUGGAGGAACUGCAGAUCAAGAUGGAGGAAUGCCAGUCGCUAUUGACUGAGCUUUCUAAGCUGGGUGGUGGUCUGGCAGCAGAUCUGGAGAACGCCAGACAGCUCCUAAACUCUCCCAACGAGCAUAUCCCCACGCAAAUCCACCAAGAUUUGUCCUCAACGUACCUGCAACUAGAGCCCAACUUUAGCACCAUCACUCAGAUGUGUGCAGAAAGGAAUAACUCCUUGAUUCAGGCGAUGGAAGCAGAGAAGGCUCACUUGGAAUUAUCAUACCAGAACCACCUGAGCGAUCUUCAGGAGCUGAUGGUCCUCGUUCAGACUGAGUCAGAACUGUGGAAUGUGGAUUUGAACACCUGCGAUGAGGACACGCUGAAACGUUUAAAUCAGCAAAAUGCGGAUGCUGAGAAGAAUCUGUUGAACGAAGCGAGACCCAAAUUAGACGACGUCACCUUUGAUGCUCAGUGCUUCAUUUCUGAGCACGCUCAGUUCCUGAGUCCAUCACAGAGCAGCUACCUCCUCAAGUUCCUCACGUCUACUCAGAGAGCAUUCAGGGAGCAGAUAGACAGGCUUGUUGCACAGAGGAGUGUGUUGGAUGUCCUGAUGGAAACCAGAGAGAGAGAGAGACAGGAAGAGUCCUUACUGGCAAGACACAAGGAGUUCACAGAAAAGCUGGAGGAAGUGUGCGAUAAUCUGACUCUGACAGAAAACCGACUGAUUGGUCAUCGGCAGCAGGUGGAAAAUGCAGACCGCGUCGCCGAUCUUCAGCAAUACCAACAGGAGCAUCAGGCUCUGCAGAAGGACGUGCUGUCUGAUGCCAGCGCUUUGAAGGAGGUGAUCAGCAAUACUACAACGUUUCUGGAGGAGAACCGCAGCAAGCUGACACCAGAGCAAAUUGUCAUGGUUGAGAGAAAGUUGGAAGAGGCUAAAAGCAAAGCCAAGCUCAUCAACCAGCGAGCAGAGGAGUCCAGAAAGGAUUUGGAGAAGGUCGUCACAACAGCUAUAAAACAGGAGAGCGAGAAGGCUGCAGCUGUUGAACGGCUUGAAGACAGUAAGAACAAAAUUGAAGGUCUUCUGGACUGGAUAUCCAACGUUGGGAAUGAAAACAUGAGCAGUCUGGAUCAAACUGACCAUAAAAGUAAAGAGAAUGGAAACUUGCCAGAGGAAACUUUAGCUGGGGGGUUGAUAGGGGAGGACGAUGAUGCCAAUGGAAAUGCUUUACAGAGCAUGGAGAACGAUUUUGGCAGGGACACCAAAGGGGAGAACGCUGCAUCCCUGGACAUCGAUAAGCAGUACGACAGGGUCAAGGCUCGCCAUCAGGAGAUUCUGUCCCAACAGCAGGAUCUGAUCGCGGCCACCCAGUCAGCUCAGGCUCUGCUCGACACACAAGCCAACGUGCUGUCGCCAGAAGAGAAGGAGCGACUCCAGAAGAACAUCCAGGAGCUGAAGGAGCGCUACGAGGCCUCGCUGACUCAGACUGAGCAGCAGAUGAAGCAGGUGCAGUGCAUCCAGGAGGAGCUGAAGACAUUCCUGGAUGACUGUCAGGACUUCGACGGCUGGUUGAAGCAGGCUGAAGGAGAAAUGGAGGAGUUGAGCGCUCCUACAGCCUCCCUCAAUAUCCUGACUGAGAAACUUCAGCAGCAGAUUGUCUUCUCAGAGGAUGUCAUUUCCCACAAAGGGGACCUUCGCUUUAUUACCAUGUCAGGGCAGAAAGUGCUGGAUGUGGCUAAAGCUUGUGGGUUGGCUGACCAUGCCGCUAAAAAUCCUCUGAUGCACGUGGAUACUUCAGGGGCCUGUUCCAAUGUCAAGGACAAGCUGGAUUCAGCAACCGGCCGGUACAAAACACUCCAUUCACAGUGCAACCAGCUUGGCCACAACCUCAGAGGGUUGGUUGACAGAUACAAAGCAUACGACGAUUCGAGCGCUGGUCUAAUGAAGUGGCUCAACGUCUCAGAGGAGGAGGCGAGAAAGCAGCAAUCAGAGGCCAUCGCAGCCGACCCACAGAUACUGCAGAAACAGCUGGAAGACACCAAGGUUUUACAGGGUCAGAUGAUGGGUCACCAGACUUCUCUUGACACGUUACGUAAAACAGCUGAGUUGCUGAUAACUUCUGAAGGAAACCUUCUGAGCAAUCCAGAGGAGAUCCAAGAGACUGUGGAUGACAUCGUGGAACGUUACGACAACCUCUCCAAGUCUGUGAGUGACCGAAAUGAGAAACUGCAAAUCACCCUGACCCGCUCCAUGAGUGUCCAGGAUGGUCUGGAUGAGAUGAUGGGAUGGAUGGAGAGAGUGGAGACCAGUGUGAACCAGAAAGGGCUAAUCCCUCUGGACUCUGCAUCUAUUGGAGAUAUGCUCAGUAAAGAAGCAGUUUUGGAGCAGGACAUGGCGAGUCGCCAGAGUAGCAUCUCAGCCAUAAAAGCUAAAGUGAAGAAGUUUGCAGAGACGGCAGAUCCCUCCUCAGCCGAGCUUCUGCAGUCAAAGAUGGAUGCUCUCUCACAGCGCUUCGCUGAUACUUGCGAUAAACACAAGCAAAAAGUUUCCCAACUGGAGCGAGUGAAAGAAAAGGUUGAACAGUUUGAGAACGUUGCUGACAAAGUCCAGCAGUUUGUCAUGAAGCGCUCACAAGAGCUGCAGGAAACAGAUGGACCCGGGAAAACUUUCAAUGAAAUGUCCCUGCUAAUGCAGAACACUAAAACAGAGAUGGCUGAAUAUGUUGGUGACGUUGAGAAGCUGCAGACUCUGUCAAAAGAACUUUCUAAAAUAAGCCUAGAUGGAAACAAAGCCCAACUUCAGAGCAAGAUGGACAAGAUCUCAAACAUCUUCAACACCUUUAAAGACACAGUUAAAGAACAGGAAGAAGAGCUAUCAACCUGUCAAGACCAGCUGGGAGAAUUCAGAUCUGCAGUCUGUGCUCUCACAAAGUGGCUGGAACAGACAAAUGACAAAGUACCUGCAGCUCAGCCAAGCAGCAGUGAGAACGAUCUGGAAAAGGACCUGCAGAUUGUCACUGUACUAAUGGAUGAAUGGACAUCCAAAGGCCCUGCUGUCCAGGACUUGAACAGUAAAGGGUCUGCACUGUGCAGCCUGAUCACUUCGUUCACAUCUCCUGCCAAGGCUCCUAACAAGUCAGCUAUUACUAACGGUGGUGGUCCAACAGCUCAUACCUACCUAACCAAUAAAGAGCUGAUGGGAAUCCAGCAGAACAUGUCGUUUGUCAGCGAGGGAUACACCGACCUCGGCGAAACACUCAAGGGUCAAAAAGAGCAGCUGAGUGUUUUAUUACAGAAGGUCAAAGAAGCCCAAAUAGAGAUGAGGGACAUGAUGACGUGGCUGAAAGACAUGAACAAGACAGCAGGGUCCUGGAACAGUGCAGCUACAGAGAAAGAUUCAGUGAAAACACAGCUUGAACAGCAGAAGGUAUUUGAAAAUGAGAUGAAGACUAAACAACAGGAGCUUCAGAAGCUGAGAGAGAAACUCCAGGGCCUGAUUUCUGACUAUCCAAAUUCCCCUGAGGCAGCAACAUGGAAGAAGAUGCUUUCAGAAAUAGAUGCUGCUUGGGAGGAAGUGAGUGGCUCUGUAAAGGAGAGGAAGCAGCACCUGGAACAGUCCAACAAAAAUCUGGACAUCUUCCAAUCAACAGAGCUGCAGCUUGACCAAUGGCUUUCUGAGAAAGAGCUGAUGAUGAGUGUCCUUGGUCCACUCUCCAUAGACCCUAACAUGUUAAAGAUGCAGAAGCAACAAGUUCAGAUCCUCCAGAAUGAGUUCAAGAGUCGUAAACCUCAGUAUGAGCAGCUUGACGAAGCGGCCUCUGCCAUCUUGAGCUCAUCAGGCAAGCAGGAGCCUUCAAGUGGGAAGCUGGUGAGGGAGAAGCUUGCCGCAGUCACCCAAAAGUGGACAGGCCUCACUGGGCAGCUGGGCCAGCGAGACAGCCUCAUCGACCAAGCAGUGGUGAAGACUGGCCAGUUUCAGGAGUUGUUGAAGAGCCUCAGUAAUACCACCACUCAGCUGGAGAAUCAGCUUACCAACCACCACACCAACAGCACCCAGCCUGAUGCUGUGAAGAAGCAGCUGGAGGAUGUUCAGAACAUCUCAGGCCAGCUGAGAGAGGAGAGGAAGAAGCUAAAACAGGCGGAGGCCAUCAAUUCAGAGCUGUUGGCAUUAGUGACUGAGGACUAUCUUAAAGCAGAUCUAGCUAGGCAACUGGAGAAUGUCAGCAAACCUUUUAAGCAGCUGGAAGAAAAAGCAGCAAAACGAAUUGAACAGUUAAACUCAACCUUUGCCAGCUCUCAGCAGUUCCAUCAAACCUCCAAAGACUUUCAGUCAUGGCUGGCUCAGAAGCUCCAAGAACAAUCGACGCCCCUGCCCAUCUCUGCAAAAGUGGACGUUCUGCAGCAAACCUUGGAGGAGCAUAGCAAACUCCAGACAGCUCUCAAAGAUCACGGGGAGGCUUACACUACGAUCACUGGAGAAGGAGAGAUGCUGCUGAAGAGCACGGAGGGUGCAGAGAAGUUAGCUCUGCAAGGACAGCUCCGUGCCCUCGCUUCCAACUGGGAAGAAGUGAAGAAGACAUCCGCAGAACAGGGCGAUCAACUUCAAGCUGCUCUCGUGAGAUCUCAGAAGUAUCACGACCAUGCAGAGAAGCUGAGCUCUUGGAUUCAGGAUUGUGAUGCCAGUCAGGGCCGUGUUAAGCUAGCUGUCGAUCCGGUUGCUGUUGAAGGAUCAAUUUCUCAAGUGAAAGCUCUUCAGAAGGAUGUGGACAAGCACAGAGGAGUGGUGGAGCAGCUCAACGCAGCUGCUGAAGGCCUUCUAGAGGUGGCUAAUGCCGAUGUUGAAGCUGUAAAAGAAGAGAAGGAAUCCAUCGGUAAAAGACUGGAUAAAGUAGUGGAACGACUACAAACCAAAAGGGAAUGCCUGGAGAAGAUCUCACACACGAUUAAAGACUUUAACGAUGCCUACAAAGAUGCAACAGGUCAACUUGAAGCAGCCAAAAAGCAGUUGGAUUCCUAUGAAUCACAGGGCAUCCAGGCACACAGCAACAAUACCCUAACAAACAUGAAAGCUCAACAUAAGAGUUUAGAGGGAGUGCAGAACCAAGUGGAGCACAUGAAGGCCUUGGCAAAAGAUCUUGUAGCGGAUGUCCCGGAUGCAGAAGGAGUGACAGACCUCCUACUCCAGGCAGACAGCGUGGAGAAAGAUUACAGCAACCUGAACAUGAAGCUGGAGGAAGCAUGCCAAGUGAUGGAGAGUAAACUACAGGGGAUUGGACAGUUCCAAAACAGCAUCCGCGAGAUGUUUACACAUUUCACAGAACUGGAUGAUGAACUUGACAGCAUGUCCCCAGUGGGUUUGGACUUGGCCACCCUUAAAGCACAGAAGGACAGCAUUCAGAGUUUCACGGCGAAGCUGCAGGAGCUGAUGGCUAACACGACCAGCGCUGGAGACAGCUGUAAGCAGAUGAUUAAAGAGUCGGAAUCAUCUCCUGAUCUGUUGGGCCUGAAAAGAGAUCUGGAUGCUCUGAGUAAGCAGUGCGGUAAACUGUUUGAUCGAUCCAGGAGAAGAGAGGUCCAAGUGCAGAGCACUCUCACCAAGCUAGAAGAGCUGUACGAUGAACUCCAUCAAGUCGAGGAGAAACUCCUCAGAGCCAUCGACAAGGAAGCAUCUCAGGAGGUGGUCGCCAUGGAGACAGAUGCGAUCAAUCAGCAGCUAGAAGCCUUUAAGACAUUCCAAAAAGAAGACAUCGAUCCAUUGCAGACCCAGUUUCAUGACAUCAACUCGCUCGGGCAGGGCCUGAUCCAGAACGCUGCUAAAGGAACCAGCACCAAAAAACUUGAAGAUGACCUCGACGUCAUCAACUCAGAGUGGAAUACUUUAAAUAAAAAGAUUGCGGAGCGUUCAGCACAGCUGCACAAAGCCCUGUUGCAUUGUGGGAGGUUUCAGGAUGCUCUGGAGUCCCUCCUCAGCUGGUUAACUGACACAGAGGAGCUUGUAGCCAAUCAGAAACCUCCCUCUGCUGAGUUUAAAGUGGUGAAGGCACAGAUACAAGAACAGAAACUCCUACAGAGGCUGCUGGAUGACCGAAAGCCGACCGUGGAGCUGAUAAAGAGCGAGGGAGGGAAGGUUUCGGACCUGGCAGAAUUAGUGGAUAAGGAAAAGGUUGCAAAAGAGAUUGAAUGCCUAGGGCAGAGGUGGGAUGCUCUGCUCAAGAAAGCUGAAAACAGGCACAAGCAACUGGAGAGCAUCUUAGUGGUCACUCAACAGUUUCAUGAGACUCUGGAACCACUGAGCGAAUGGCUUACAGCCACAGAGAAACAUCUGUCCAACUCCGAGCCAAUCGGCACCGAGACGUCCAAGUUGGAGGAUCAGAUCUCUCAGCACAAGGCCUUAGAGGAGGAGAUUCUAAACCAGAGUAAAGACCUGUUUCAGGCCGUCAGUCUGGGCCAAAUGCUCAAAAUGGUGAGCUCGGUGGAAGACAAGGUGUUUGUUCAAUCCAGACUGGACACCACUCAGACCAGUUACAUAGAGCUGCAGGAGCGAUGUAGGAGGAAAGCUGACAUGCUGCAGCAGGCGCUGGCAAACGCCCAGCUGUUUGGAGAGGACGAGGUGGCCCUCCUGAACUGGCUCAGCGAGGUGCACUCCAGGCUGAGUCAAGUGUCUGUGGACGACUACAAAACAGAUGUUCUAGAAAAGCAGCUGGCAGAGCAGCGGAUGUUGCAAAGUGAUAUUGAGGUGAGGAAGAAGAAUGUUGACCGAGCCAUCUCUAAUGGGAUGGAGCUGUUGAAGCAAACAACAGAUGAUGAAGUUGUCAUUAUUCAAGGCAAACUGGAUGGAAUAAAAUCAAAGUAUGCUGAGAUCAACUCUAUGAGUGACGGUGUUUUGAAGACCCUGGAUCAAGUGUUGAACCUGUCCAAUAAGUUGCAGGAUACUCACGAGGACCUCAGCUGCUGGUUAGAAAAAACCGAGGCAGAGAUCAAAGUGUUUGUUAAUCAAGAGCCUGCAGGCGAGCAGCUGACUCAGUCACAAAACAGGCAGAAAGUUUUGCUGAAAGAGGCUAAAGAGCAGAAGCUAGCAUUGGACAAGCUGAAUGAUCUGAGUGGCUCACUCCUGGACCUGAUCCCCUGGCACACUCGGGAGAGUUUAGAUAAGCUUGUGACUGAUGAUAAUGAGCGGUACCGGGCCGUCUGCGACACCAUCACUCAUCGUGUCGACCAGAUCAACGCUGACAUCAUCAAAUCACAGCAGUUUGAGCAGGCUGCAGACACUGAACUCUCCUGGCUGAGUCAUGCUGAGAGAAAGUUGCUGUCGGCGGGUGAGAUUAGACUGGAGCAGGAGCAAACGACCGCUCAGCUCCAAGCACAGAAGAUUUUCUCCAUGGACAUCAUGAAGCACAAAGAUGUUGUAGAUGAGAUCGUAAAAACGGGAAAAGCCAUCAUGAACAGCAAAAACCCAGAGGAGAAAGAAGCUAUGAAGACCAAAACCCAGGCUCUUUUGGAGAAGUAUGGUGUCGUCAGUCAGCUGAAUUCAGAGCGCUGCCUGCAGCUGGAGCGAGCCCAGUCUCUCGUCACACAGUUCUGGGAGACUUUUGAGGAGAUGUGGCCGUGGCUGCAGGAGACGUUAAGCACCUUCGACCUGCUCCCCCCACCCGCCAUCGAGUAUGAAACUCUCAGGCAGCAGCAAGAGGAGCUCAGGCAAAUGCGAGAGCUGAUUGCUGAGCACAAACCUCACAUCGACAAGAUGAACAAAACGGGGCCACAGCUAGUUGAACUAAGCCCAGCGGAGGGAGCGCCGAUCAGAGAGAAGUACACAUCUGCUGACCAGCUGUACACUAAACUCAAGGCCGAUGUCAAACAGAGAGCUGCCACACUGGAUGAAGCGAUCUCCAAAUCCACACAGUUCCAUGACAAGAUCGACCCGAUGUUGGAGUCCUUGGGACGGAUCGCCGAGCGCCUUCGUCAGCCUCCGUCUAUCUCGGUGGAAGUGGACAAGAUCAAGGAGCAGAUUAGUGAAAACAAGGCUGUCUCUGUGGAUUUGGAGAAGCUGCAGCCUUCCUACGAGACCCUGAAGCAACGUGGCGAGGAGAUGAUUGCACGAUCUGAAGGUGCCAACAAGGACAUAUCCGCCAAAGCGGUACAAGACAAACUGGACCACAUGGUUUUCCUGUGGAACGACAUCCAGGCCUUGCUGGAGGAGCGCGAGGCCAAGCUCCUGGAUGUGAUGGAUCUGGCCGACAAGUUCUGGUGCGACCACUGCGCUCUGAUCGCCACUGUCAAAGACAGUCAGGACCUCCUGAGGGAGCUGGAGGAGCCCGGAGUCGACCCUUCUGUUGUCAAGCAGCAGCAGGAGUUUGUUGAGGGAUUUAAGGAGGAAAUCGAUGGGCUGCAGGAAGAGCUUGAUGCGGUUCAGAACCAGGGUGCAGAGCUUAUGGCGGCCUGUGGGGAACCUGAUAAACCUGUGAUAAAGAAAAGUGUUGAUGAGGUGAUUUCAGCGUGGGAAAAUCUCAACAAGACCUGGAAGGAAAGAGUAGAGCAACUGGAGGAGGCUAUGCAGGCUGCUGUUCUGUUUCAAGAUGGCCUUCAGGGCAUGUUUGACUGGGUGGAUAUCAUGGAGAACAAACUGGAUUCGAUGUCACCCGUUGGCACAGAUUUAGAGACGGUCAAGCAGCAGAUUGUAGAACUCAAGGAGUACAAAGGAGAAGCGUACCAGCUACAGAUCAAGAUGGAGCGUCUUAACCAUCAAGCCGGCCUCCUGCUGAAGAAGGUGACGGAGGAGGCGGACCUCUGUGCCAUCCAGGAGCCGAUGGCUGAGCUUAAGAUGCUUUGGGACAACCUGGAUGAGAAGAUCAUCAGCCGGCAGCACAAACUAGAGGGAGGCCUCCUGGCUCUGGGCCAGUUCCAGCAUGCACUGGAUGAGCUCCUGGCCUGGAUGAGCCACACUGAGGAGCUGCUCAACGAGCAGAGAAAAGCUGCAGGAGAUCCCAAAGCCAUCGAGAUCGAGCUCGCCAAGCACCACGUCCUCCAGAUAGACGUGUUGGCUCACAAGUCAACAGUAGAAACUGUGAACAAAGCUGGAAAAGAGUUGGUGGAGUCGAGCGCUGGAGAGGAAGCUUCCAGUCUGAAGAGCAAAAUGGAGAAUCUGAACCAGAGGUGGAAAGCCAUCCAGGAGAAGACGGAGCAGAGGAAGCAACAGCUGGAAUCUUCUCUGCUUCAGGCCCAAGGUUUCCAUGGUGAGAUAGAAGAUAUGCAGCAAUGGCUGAAAGACACAGAACGUCAGCUGUUGGCAUCAAAGGCUGUGGGAGGCUUACCAGACACGGCUCGGGAGCAGCUUAACGCCCAUCUGGAGGUGUGUUCUGCCUUUGAGGCUAAGGAGGAGCUGUAUCAGGAGCUGCUGAACAAGGGUUGCCAGCUGCUCGCCACGAGCCCCGAGGGUCCAGACAGCAACACGGAGCAGGACCUCGCCAACCUGAGGGAGAAAUGGGAAGCCGUGCAUGCAAAGGUCACUGAGAGAAAGGCCAAACUGGAGGAAGCUUUAAUCCUAGCCGUGGAUUUCCACAAUUCCCUUCAGGACUUUAUUGUCUGGCUGACCCAAGCAGAGCAAACGCUGAACACAGUGUCGCCCGCCUCCCUCAUCCUGGAGACCAUCAUGUUUCAGAUCGAUGAGCAUAAGAUGUUUGUGACGGAGGUGAACUCCCACAGAGAGCACAUCAUUGAUCUGGACAAGACGGGGACACAUCUAAAGUACUUCAGCCAGAAACAGGAUGUGGUGCUGAUCAAGAACCUUCUGCUGAGCGUGCAGGGCCGCUGGGAGAAGCUGGUGCAGAGGUCUGUGGAGCGAGGGCGCCUCCUGGACGAUGCCAGAAAGAGGGCUAAACAGUUUCAUGAAACCUUUAACAAACUCAUGGAGUGGUUGGAGGAAUCGGAGAAAACUCUGGACUCUGAAGUGGAAAUCGCCAAUGAACCGGACAAAAUCAAGAUGCAACUGGCACAACACAAGGAGUUCCAGAAAGCUUUGGGAAGCAAACACUCCGUGUACGACACGACCGCUCGAACGGGGCGAGCAUUGAAAGACAAGACCGCCCUUCAGGAUGAUAAUCAGAAACUGAACGACAUGCUGAGCGAACUGAGGGACAAAUGGGACACCGUUUGUGGAAAAUCCGUAGAAAGGCAAAACAAGCUAGAGGAGGCUCUGCUGUUCUCUGGUCAGUUUACAGAUGCCCUCCAGGCUCUCAUUGACUGGCUGUAUAAAGUGGAACCUCAGCUGGCUGAGGACCAGCCUGUACAUGGAGACAUAGAUCUGGUUCUUAACCUGAUAGACAACCACAAGGUUUUCCAGAAGGAGAUGGGAAAACGAACGGUGAGCGUUCAGGCUCUCAAACGCUCUUCGAGGGAGUUGAUGGAGAGCAGUCAUGAUGAUUCCUCUUGGGUGAAAGUCCAGAUGCAGGAGCUGGGCACUCGUUGGGAGACGGUGUGCAACCUCUCAGUGUCCAAGCAGACUCGGCUGGAGCAGGCCCUCUGCCAGGCGGAGGAGUUUCACUCAACUGUGCACAUCCUGCUGGAGUGGCUAGCUGAGGCCGAGCAGAGUUUGCGUUUCCAUGGCAGCCUACCCGAUGAGGAGGAGGCUCUGCAGGCUCUUAUUGAGCAACAUAAGGAGUUCAUGAAAAAGUUGGAGGAGAAGCGAGUGGGUCUCAUCAAAGCAGCCGGUAUGGGGGAGGCCAUUCUUAGCAUCUGCCAUCCGGACUCCAUCACAACCAUUAAGCACUGGAACACCAUCAUUAAAGCCAGAUUUGAGGAGGUGCAGGCCUGGGCCAGACAGCACCAACAGCGGCUGGCCUCGGCCCUCACAGAUCUUCUAGCCACUCAGGAGCUCCUGGAGAAUCUUCUGACCUGGCUGCAGUGGGCUGAGACCAACCUCACUGACAGGGACAAAGAGUCACUGCCUCAGGAGAUCGAGGAGAUCAAAAACCUCAUAGCGGAGCAUCAGGCGUUUAUGGAAGAAAUGACCAGAAAGCAACCAGAUGUUGACAAAAUCACCAAAACACACAAAAGGAAGCCUGCUGUGGACCACCAAGUCCAAUCUCAGAUUCCUGUGUUGGACAAAGGAAGAGCUGGAAGAAAACGCUCUCCUACACAAACUAUGUACGCAUCAACCACACAAGCUCCCAUUGAAACCAAGAACCCACGAGUCAACCUGCUGGUCACCAGGUGGCAGCAAGUAUGGCUGCUGGCUUUGGACAGGAGGAGGAAACUCAACGAUGCUUUGGACAGCCUAGAGGAGUUAAAGGAAUUUGCCAACUUUGAUUUUGAUGUGUGGCGGAAGCGCUACAUGCGCUGGAUGAACCACAAAAAGUCUCGUGUCAUGGACUUUUUCCGCCGCAUUGACAAGGAUCAGGAUGGCAAGGUUACCCGACAGGAGUUCAUAGAGGGAAUUCUCUCAUCCAAAUUCCCAACCAGUCGGCUGGAAAUGAGCGCGGUGGCGGAUAUUUUUGACAGAGAUGGAGACGGAUACAUCGACUAUUAUGAGUUUGUCGCAGCUCUCCAUCCCAACAAAGAUGCCUACAAACCACUCACAGACGCUGACAAGAUUGAAGAUGAGGUGACACGACAAGUGGCAAAAUGCAAAUGCCCAAAGCGAUUCCAAGUGGAACAAAUUGGCGCAAACAAAUACAGGUUCUACCUCGGAAACCAGUUUGGUCUGGUUCACUGCUUACAUGACUCCUUAAUGGGCGAUGAGACAAUAGCAAACAGGGAAAAUCAAAAUCUUACCCACCACCUACACGUUGCAGUUUUGGAAAGCUGUAUUCUGUUUGGAGAUUCCCAGCAGCUGCGUCUUGUGAGAAUUUUGCGCAGCACAGUGAUGGUGCGGGUGGGAGGAGGCUGGAUGGCUCUGGAUGAGUUCUUGGUGAAGAAUGAUCCGUGCCGAGUUCAUCACCACGGGAGCAAAAUGUUGCGCUCGGAAUCAAACUCUUCAAUUACUCAGUCUCCUAUAGGUUGGCACAUCUCACACUUUCUCACCUUGCUCCAUGAACCCACUAGCGCCAAAGGCAGGACCAACAUGGAGCUUCGGGAGAAAUUCAUCCUCCCAGAGGGAACCACACAGGUGAUGGCGAGCUUCCGCUACAGAGGUCGGAGGUCUCGACCGUCAUCCAGAGGAGCUUCCCCCAACAGAUCCGUGUCCAGUCAGAGCUGCCCGAUUCCAACAAACCCGAUAGCGGUGGGAACUCCCAAGACACCCCAACACAUUACCCGCAAUUAUGAUAAGCCAUGGCUUUCAAACAGCAAACCCGCCACCCCUCUUAAAUCAUCAGACUCCUUUGAGAGCCAAGGUUCAUCCUCAGAGAGUACAGCAGUACACGGCAGCAAGUUGCGCCUUCCUGGAUACUUGUCUGGUAAAGGAUUCCAGUCCAGCGAAGAGGGAACCUUGAUCAACGCUGCUGUCCUGAAAGCUCGAGCACAGAUGAUAGGCGAGUCCAGGAAAAACUCCAGCCGACCAGGAAGUAAAGCUGGAAGCAGAGGGAGCAGCCGCCGAGGCAGUGACGCCUCCGACUUCGACAUAUCGGACAUUCAGUCUGUGUGCUCUGACGCAUCUGAAACAGUGGGUGACUCCGCGCGCGUGACGCCGCGCUCUGCGUCCCGCCAACAUGGAAAACCCUCCAAGAUCCCCACACCUCAAAGAAAAUCCACCCCCACGAGCAAACUGGCCAAGGGAUCCAAGCGAUAGUUGGUGGCCUUGAAAACAAACAACCCUGGAGCUAAUUGCACCCUAAACCCACGACAGACACUGGAGAUGUCUACCUUAAGAGACUGCAAGUGUGUUGAGUGUUAUUUAAACUGUUGCAAAGAUGUAAAAUAUCCUGUUAAGAGGCAAUAUGGUUUAAUGUGAUGUGAGAAUGGAGCGUUGAUGACUGUGUGUAUUUGUUUUUAAUGUAUUUUAUUUUUGUGAAAUAGUUUUUUUUAUUGUUCUUAAUUUAAUUUAUGCAAAUCCUAGAGGAUUAACGAACUCUAAAAUCUGGAUGGUUAAUUAACAUUUCUUCACGUUAAUGAAGGGCAAAAAUCAGGAUGAGCGUUGCGAACGUUACCGAUUGUACUGUAAUUCCUCACCGGUGAUGUGUGGAGCAGUUGGUGCAUUGUUGUACCCGCUUGAGGCACUGCGACUAUUUAUUUAAGUGCUCUGUUAUACUGCCAACAUGCAUUUAAAGGGCAAUGCAAUAUAGAAUAAUCCAUAGUAAGCACUCCAAAAGGCUUUUAUUAUUUAUGAGAAGUGGCAGAAACCUGUAAUUAUGAAACUUUCCACUUCGUUUAUUUGUUUGUCUGCUACAGCAGCCUCUCCUCUCUUCCUCCUGUGUGUUGCCUUGAAGAGGUGCCACUCUGUGUAGCCACUCUGUGCAUUCAUGUCUGUGUGUGGUACCUUCGGUAGAGCAGAAACUGUCACUGUUCUUUUACUUUGUAAUAAACCUGCUUGCAGAAAGUCUCCUGAA